UGGGAAGAAGACGCGCCGCGUCCCCGCAGAGGAGCCGAGACUUUAGUCCCCGGAGGAUGACAUGACUCCACCUGGACGACACCUGGACACGACGAGGACGAGCGCCGGCCGCCUGUAGCCCCGAAAACCACACCGUAGUGCGGCUGCCUGAGGUCGUCGACCCCCCCACCCCCCCCAAAGUCCCAAAAAACAAGACUAGUUUGUGGACUAUGACGUCAGAGAAGACCAAAGUGGAGGACGAGGCGGUCUUGGACCGAGGAGCGUCGUUCGUCAAACACAUCUGCGAUGAAGAGGAAGUGGAAGGUCACCACACGGUCUACGUCGGCGUCCACGUCCCCAAGAGCUACCACCGCAGGAGACGCCACAGACGCAAGUCGGCCCACAAGGAGCGGCGCGAGCGCCCCGAGCACGGCGCCGAGGGCUACAAGUUGGACUGCGAGAGCGUGGAUGAGAUCACCGCCAGCGUGCUCAAACCCCUGAUUUCCCCGGCGGAGAGGAUCCGCUUCAUCCUGGGCGAGGAAGAUGACGGCCCCCCGCCGCCUCAGCUAUUCACCGAGCUGGACGAGCUGCUGUCAGUCAACGGGCAGGAGAUGGAGUGGAAGGAGACGGCCAGGUGGAUCAAGUUCGAGGAGAAGGUGGAGAAGGGCGGCGAGCGCUGGAGCAAACCCCACGUGGCCACGCUGUCCCUGCACAGCCUGAUGGAGCUGAAGACCUGCAUCGAGAAGGGCACCAUCAUGCUGGACCUGGAGGCCUCCACGCUGCCGCAGGUCGUCGAGAUGGUGACGGACAGCCAGAUCGAGAGCGGCCAGCUGAAGGCGGAGCUAAAGGAGAAGGUCAUGUACACGCUGCUCCGCAAACAUCGCCACCAGACCAAGAAGUCCAACCUGCGCUCGCUGGCCGACAUCGGCAAGAGCGUCUCCAGUGCGAGCAGGCUCUUCUCCAGCCAGGAGAACGCACGAAACUUCACUGAGCCCCCGGUGCCUUGCACAUCCCCACACGAACCCCCAGAAGACCCCUUUGAGGUCAUGAGGAGCUCCAGCAUGGGAUACCUCUGUAGUCCUACCACGGCCCACCGGAACCUCACCUCCAACAGCCUGGGCGACUUCUCCGACAAACCGGAGAAGGAUCAGCUGAAGAACAAGUUCAUGAAGAAGCUACCCCGCGAUGCCGAGGCGUCCAAUGUGCUGGUCGGCGAGGUGGACUUCCUAGAGACUCCCUUUGUGGCGUUUGUCCGCCUGCAGAACGCCGUCAUGCUGGGGGCGCUCACCGAGGUCCCGGUCCCCACAAGGUUCCUCUUCGUGCUCCUGGGUCCAAAGGGGAAAGCAAAGUCCUACCAUGAGAUUGGGAGAUCUAUCGCCACCCUGAUGUCUGACGAGGUGUUCCACGACAUCGCCUACAAAGCCAAGCACAGGCAGGACCUGCUGGCUGGGAUCGAGGAGUUCCUGGACGAGGUCAUCGUCCUGCCCCCCGGCGAGUGGGACCCCGACAUCAGGAUAGAGCCGCCCAAGUCGCUGCCUUCCUCCGAUAAGAGAAAGAACCAAUAUUCUGGCUUAGAACCCCCUCCGAUGAACGGCGACGCCCCCCACGAUGCAGGUCACGGCGGGGGAGGAGGUCACCAGAUUGGCGAGGAGCUCCAAUGCACAAGAAAGUUUUGCGGCGGUCUCAUCCUGGACGUCAAACGCAAGCUGCCAUUCUACGCCAGCGACUUCUACGACGCGCUGCACAUUCAGUCGCUGUCCACCAUCUUGUUCAUCUACCUGGGCACCGUCACCAACGCCAUCACCUUCGGCGGCCUGCUGGGCGACGCCACGGAAAACAUGCAGGGCGUGUUGGAGAGCUUCCUGGGCACGGCGCUGACCGGGGCGGUCUUCUGUUUGCUGGCAGGGCAGCCCCUCACCAUCCUUAGCAGCACGGGUCCGGUUCUGGUGUUCGAGAGGCUCCUCUUCAACUUUAGCAAAGACAACAACUUCGACUAUCUAGAGUUCCGGCUGUGGAUCGGUCUGUGGUCGGCGGCGUUCUGCCUGGUCCUGGUGGCGACCGACGCCAGCUUCCUGGUGCAGUACUUCACCCGCUUCACCGAGGAGGGCUUCUCGGCGCUCAUCAGCUUCAUCUUCAUCUACGACGCCUUCAAGAAGAUGAUCAAGCUGGCGCACCACAACCCCAUCAACGCGCACUUUGAGGCCGACCUCAUCACGCAGUAUGACUGCCGCUGCGAGCCCGGCAACUUCUCGGACCUCUUUGACGUCGACGCCCAGACGAACCGUUCCGAUCUGUCGGAAAACGCAACCUGGGCGUCGCUGGGCCGCCGGCAGUGUGCGUCGUACGGCGGGCGCCUGGUGGGCGAGGCCUGCGGUUACGUGCCUGACAUCACCCUCAUGUCCUUCAUCUUGUUCUUCGGCACCUACACCUGCUCCAUGGCGCUCAAGAAGUUCAAGACGAGUCGCUUCUUCCCCACGAAGGUGCGGAAGCUCAUCAGCGACUUUGCCAUCAUCUUGGCCAUCCUCCUCUUCUGCGGCGUGGACGCUCUGGUGGGCGUGGACACCCCAAAGCUCAUAGUGCCAAGCGAAUUCAAGCCUACCAGUCCAGCCAGGAGCUGGUUCGUUCCCCCCUUCGGGGGAAACCCGUGGUGGGUGUACCUGGCCGCCGCCCUGCCCGCCCUGCUGGUCACCAUCCUGAUCUUCAUGGAUCAGCAGAUCACGGCGGUCAUCGUCAACCGGAAAGAGCACAAACUGAAGAAAGGGGCGGGCUACCACUUGGACCUGUUCUGGGUGGCCAUCCUCAUGAUGGUGUGCUCCUUCAUGGGCCUGCCGUGGUACGUGGCCGCCACCGUCAUCUCCAUCGCCCACAUCGACUCCCUCAAGAUGGAGACCGAAACGUCGGCGCCCGGCGAGCAGCCCAAAUUUCUCGGCGUCAGGGAACAGAGAGUGACGGGCAUCAUUGUUUUCGUCCUAACCGGACUCUCCGUGUUAAUGGCCCCCGUCCUCAAGUUCAUUCCCAUGCCCGUGCUCUAUGGCGUCUUCCUCUACAUGGGCGUGGCCUCGCUCAAUGGCGUCCAGUUCAUGGACCGCCUGCAGCUCCUCUUGAUGCCCGCCAAGCACCAGCCGGACCUGAUUUACCUGCGUCACGUCCCCCAGAGACGCAUCCACCUCUUCACCUUCAUCCAGGGCCUGUGUCUGGCUCUGCUGUGGGUGCUCAAGUCCACCGUGGCCGCCAUCAUCUUCCCCGUCAUGAUCCUGGCGCUGGUGGCCGUCCGCAAGGCCAUGGACUACCUUUUCUCCCAGCACGACCUCGGCUACCUGGACGACGUCAUCCCGGAGAAGGACAAGAAGAAGAAGGAGGACGAGAAGAAGAAGAAGCACAAGAAGAAGGGCAGCAUCGACUCUGAGAACGACUUUUCCGACUGUCCUUACCAUGAAAAUGUGCCCAGUAUACAAAUCUCUAUGGAUUUGAUGGAGCAGGAGCCCAUGUUGGGUGAAAAAGCUUUAAAUAGAAAUGAAUCGCAGACUUUCCUUGGCGCCCAUUCGCCGUGCUGAGCACCACUUGGAGUCGUCCACGGUGGCCGACCUUGAGAAAGGUUCCUACCUGAAAGGUUCCCCUCAGGUCCGGAUGGACGGCGAGACCGAGGACAAUUGCUUCUUCUGGAAGAAAGCGUCCGAAACUGACCUGUGAAAGAUUGAAGAGCAACUUCAAUAUUUUCUAUUUUUAUUUGAUACAGUUUCCUUAGAGGUAUUUUUAAAAUCACAAUGGCUGGAACGACUUUUUUGUUUUGUUUUUCUGAUGAAGCCUCACAUAUUUUGUGAGGCAGCACAUUAUUAAUAUUGUGCUAAUUUAUUUAGCAUUCAGCUGAUUAUCGUCAGAUGCAUUUGAGGAAGCAACAGAUGUCUUUUUUAUUUGUUUUUUUUUCCCCUAAAAAAUCCAAUCAACCAUUUUUUUAACUCCAAAUUAUAUUUAAUCGUCUUGUUUGCAUAUUUAUUUUGUUGCUAAUUUUGUCUUUAAUUGUAGUCUGCAUGGUCUCUAAAGGGUCUUGCCCUUUUUUUAGGGCGCCCUUCACGUACCGUAAUUAUUUUCUUUCAUGUAGUCCUACCUCUCAUUUCUCUGUAGGUGCCAGACAUUUAUAUAUUUAAAAACAUCAGAUGUGCAAUUAUAUUUCUGACCAAAACAUAGAUUUUUUUUUCUACCCAAAAUAGCACUAUGCAAAAUCUCAAAUGUUCUCCUGUAGAUAUAUAUAUAAUUUUGUUAUAUAUAUAUAUAUAUAUAUAUAUAUAUAUAUGUGUAUAUAUAUAUAUGUAUAUAUAUAUAUAUAUAUAUAUAUGUAUAUAUAUAUAUAUAUAUAUAUAUAUAUAUAUGUAUGUAUGCAUGUAUAUAUAUAUAUGUGUGUGUGUGUAUAUAUGUAUGUAUGUAUAUAUAUAUGUAUAUGUAUGUGUAUAUAUGCAUAUAUGUGUGUGUAUAUAUAUGCAUGUGUAUAUAUGCAUAUACACACAUGCAUAUGUAUGUAUAUGCAAAUAUGUAUGUAUACGCAUAUGUAUGUAUGUAUGUAGAUACACGCAUAUAUAUAUAAUGUGUAAAUAUGUAUAUGUAUAAAUAUAUAUAUAUAUAUAUAUAUAUGUAUACACACACACAUAUAUAUAUAUAUAUAUAUAUAUAUAUAUAUAUAUAUAUAUAUAUAUAUAUAUAUAUAUGUGUGUGUGUGUAUAUAAAACGCAUUUUAUUUGUGUUUUUAAAGCCUAUUUUUGAAGUACAUGUACAGUGGAAAAAGUCCAAUUUGUUUUAAAUGCUAAAUCCUCCAAAGAUUAACUUUUAUUUCUAUUUUCUCCACAGACAUUUUAUUCCGUGUUUUUAAAGCCUACUUUUGAAGUACAUCUACAGUGAAGAAUCGAAGUUUAGCAAUCGAGCAACAGAGACAAAAAUCAGUAGCGAACCUCUGGAGUCGGAUAAUCCUUUCAAAUGUGAUCAUAUUUUUUUUUUCUGAUUUUGAUGUUUGUUUAUAUAAAAUGUCUUCCAGUGCUUGGACAACCAAGCACAGCCAGCAUUUGCACAAGGUCAUUGUAUGAACUCCACCAUCUAUGCAAACAGGACAUUGUUGAAGUAUUUGUUGUGUCCGCGCACAAGUGAAAGAUUAUUAAGAAAUACGUUCGGAUGCGAUGUGACGCAUUAAAACGGCUUUUAAAGCCCAAAAAAAAUAACAAAAAUGGGAUGUCUUCAAUGUAUUUAUGUUGAUUACUCCGUAAUGAUGUCUUUUUUUUUUUCAGUGUGGCCUGAACCUUUUUUUUUUUUUUUUUUACAUGCUCCUUACGGGCUCAAUAAUAAAACAAGAAAGCGUUUAUUCUUGUAAGAUUGUGACCACUUUUGAAGUAAUUGUCUAUUAAAAGAAUCAAGCUGGUUAAUUGCUGUGGGCGGGGCUAGAGUAAUUAUGUCAGGGUUAAGAAGAAACUGUCAUGGGGAAAGUUGAGGUCAGGAUUUCAGGGAGAAGAAGAAAAAAAUCACAUAUAUUCACUCUAGUGAAGAAAAAGCCUGGUUGUGUUUCUCAGACUCUGAAUUCUCUGUGAUCUUUGAGUUCAAAAGAGUAGAUUCGAUGGAUCUUUACAAUCCCCCCCAGGUGCGAGUCUGCAGGGAAAUAAAGUAAAACAUACCAUGGGCUUGUUAAAGACUCCAAAUUGUCUAUGAUUGGCACCAAAACAUGUGCGGUAGAGUACAUAAAUGUGUGUUACAAACCCCAAAACCAGUGAAAUUGGCACCUUGUGUAAAUGGUAAAUAAAAACUAAAUACAAUGACUUUCAAAUCGUUUUCAUCCUACAUUCAAUUGAAUAGACUGCAAAGACAAGACAUUUAAAGAUAUUUGAUGCCUGCAACAUGUUUAAAAAAAGCUGGCACGAGUGGCAAAAAAGACUGAGAAUGUUGAGGAAUGCUCAUCAAACACUUAUUAGGAACACCACACUGGUGAACGGGCUAUUUGGGAACAGGUGGGUGUCGUGAUUGGGUAUAAAGGCAGCCGCCGUGAAAUGCUCAGUCAUUCACAAACAAGGGGGGGGCGAGAGGGUCACCGCUUUGUGAACAAAUGCAUGAGCAAAUUGAUUAAGGAGCAACAUUUCUCAACCAGCUAUUGCAAGGACUUUAGGGAUUUCACCAUCUACGGUUCAUAAAAUCAUCAAAAGGUUCAGAGAAUCUGGAGAAAUCACUCCACGUAAGCGGCACGGCUGAAAACAAAGAUUGAAUGCCCGUGACCGUCGAUUCCUCAGGCAGUAUUGCAUCAAAAUGCGACAUCAGUAUGUAAACGAUAUCACCACACAGGCUCGGGAACACUUCAGAAAACCACUGUCCGUAACUACAGUUGGUCGCUACAUCUGUAAGUGCAAGUUAAAUCUCCACUAUGCACAUUUAUCAACAACACCCAGAAACGCUGCCGGCUUCGCUGGGCCCGAGCUCAUCUAAGAUGGGCUGAUGCAAAGUGGAAAGUGUUCCGUGGACGUCGUGUCCUCCGGACCAAAGAGGAACAGGAUCAUCCGGAUUGUUAUAUGCGCAAAGUUGAAAAGCUAGCAUCUGUGAUGGUAUGGGGGUGUAUUAGUGCCCAAGGCAUGGGUAACUUACACAUCUGUGAAGGCACCAUUAAUGUUGUAUGGUCCAUACAGGUUUUGGAGCAACAUGUGUUGCCAUCCAAAUAACAUUAUGGACGCCCCUGCUUAUUUCAGCAAGAAGAUGCCAAGCCACGUGUUACAACAGCGUGGCUUCAUGGUAAAAGAGUGCGGAUACUAGACUGGCCUGCCUGUAUUCCAGACCUGUUUCCCAUUGAAGAUUUGUGGCGCAAUAUGAAGCCUAAAAUAACACAACGAAGACCCCGGACUGUUGAACAACUUAAGCUGUACAUCAAGCAAGAAUGGGAAAGAAUUCCACCAGAAAGGCUUCAAAAAUUGGUCUCCUCAGUUCCCAAACGUUUACUUAGUGUUGUUAAAAGGAAAGGCCAUGUAACACAGUGGUAAACAUGCCACUGUGACAACUUUUUUGCAAUGUGCUGCUGCCUUUAAAUUCUAAAUUAUUGAUUGUUUACAAAAAAAAGUUUUUAGUUGGAACAUUAAAUAUCUUUUCUUUGCAGUCUAUUCAAUUGAAUUUAAGUUGAGAAGGAUUUGCAAAUCAUUGUAUUCUGUUUUUAUUUACCAUUUACACAACGUGUCAACUUCACUGCUUUUGGGUUUUGUAUGACACAGAGAGCAUUUAGUUUGGUUUGUCAAUAAACAACAAAUUAACAAGAUUUACAAAAAGCAUACUUGCCAACCUUGAGACCUCCGAUUUCGGGGGGCGGCGGCGGGAGGUUAAGAGUCAAGUAUUUCAUAUAUUUAUAUAUAUAUAAAAUAAAUACUUGAAUUUCAGUGUUCAUUUAUUUACACAUAUACAUACAGACAUAACACUCAUCUACUCAUUGAGUUAAGGGUUGAAUUAUCCAUCCUUGUUCUAUUCUCUGUCACUAUUUUUCUAACCAUAUGCAUGUACAGUAGGUGACAGUAUUGUCCUGUUUAAGAUUGUCACAACAUUGCUGUUUACGGCAGAAAAACUGCUUUAUGGUAGAAAGAAACGUGACUGCUGUUGUUGUGUGUUGUUACCGCGCUGGGAGGAUGUUAAUGAAACUGCCUAACAAUAAACCCACAUAAGAAACCAAGAA